CCAGCCAGGCACCCCCAACUCUUUGCUCAUUUUUAAUUGGAUGACUUGUUUUUUUAUUGUUGCUUUUAAGAGUUCUUAAUAUUUCCUAAAUACAAGUCCCUUACCAAACAUGACUUGUGUCCAUUUUUCCCAUUCUGUGGGUUGUCUUUUUACUUUUGUGUUGGUGUUGACUCAAGUUUUAAUUUAGGUGAAGUCUGAUUGAUCUUUCUCUUUUUAGUUGCAUAUGCUUUGGGUGUCACAUCUAAGUAACCAUAGUCUGGCCUUUGGGAGGGGAAGGCAAACUGGCUUUGGAAGUCGGGACUUCACGUUAUUUUCUGGAAUGAGGCAUUCCUUCAUUUAUAUAACCACUCAAUCAUAAAUAUUUUUGAAACCAAACUUCUUGCCUGGUCCUGGUGAUAAUAAGGUGACAAGGCAAACCCAGUCCCUGCUUUCCUAAGAGCUGAGUUAAAUGGAAGAAAUAGCACGGAGUAGAUAACCAAAACAGAAGAAUGGCUUAAUUACAGCUGUGUGGGAAAGGGAGAGGGCCCAGGAGCCUGUAACAGGGAAAGCUGGCCUGGCCUGGCCUGGCCUGGGUGCUGGGAAAGUCUCUCAAGGCAGGGAAUUUAGGCUCAGACUAAAACCUGGGUAAGGCUGAGUCAGACAGAAGUGGUGCAGUGCUCCAGGCAGAGGGUACAGCUUGAGCAAAGGCCCUGAGGUGGGUAGGAGCUCAUUCUGUCUGGUAAAGCAGAUCCCACCAGUGCCUGGCCCCUCCACUGGGUUUUCUUGGGGGGUCCAGUCAUCCUAUGGAAGUGUAUGCAGCACACCAUGGCCUUUGUGCAUGGAAAGAUCCAGAGAGACCCAGCAUGGCUCUGCUGAAGUUUCUAAGGAACUGUGGGAGCCUCCUUUAGCCUCCUCCAGACUCUAGGGCCAGCCCAAGCCUGCUUAGGCCCCCUUGUAACCACACCAGUCACUGACCUGGGGGUGUGUGGGUGCGACAGGCCCAGGUUGUUCAUUCAUGCAUUUACUCAACACUCAGAAAAUAUCUGUGAGGAGUUUACCUUAAGCCAGGCCCGGGAUGGGUUCCAGAGAGACCAAAGAACCAGUAAGUUCCAGUCUCUGUUGGACAAAUGACCCCACAUUUACUCUACAGUAUGAUACAGCUACGACGGGGGUUCUGGGGUGGCUUCCUGGAGGAGGUGGCAUUCUACUGAGACACGCAGGUGAGUGCCCCAGCCCAGGGCGCGGCAGCGCCGCCAAGCGGAAGAAGAAGCAGCGGCGGAACCGCACCACGUUCAACAGCAGCCAGCUGCAGGCGCUGGAGCGCGUGUUCGAGCGCACGCACUACCCCGACGCCUUCGUGCGCGAGGAGCUGGCCCGGCGUGUCAACCUCAGCGAGGCGCGCGUGCAGGUCUGGUUUCAGAACCGCAGGGCCAAGUUCCGCCGAAAUGAGAGGGCCAUGCUGGCCAACCGCUCCGCCACGCUGCUCAAGUCCUACAGCCAGGAGGCCGCCAUCGAACAGCCUGUGGCUCCCCGGCCCACAGCCCUGAGUCCAGAUUACCUGUCCUGGACCACCUCGUCCCCCUACAGCACAGUGCCACCGUAUAGCCCUGGAGGCUCGGGCCCUGCGACCCCGGGAGUCAACAUGGCCAACAGCAUUGCCAGCCUCCGUCUCAAGGCCAAAGAGUUCAGCCUGCACCACAGCCAGGUGCCCACGGUGAACUGAUGGCCAGGCCACCAGGACCCAGCUGCCUCCUGGCCUAACCAUGGCCAAGAGGGCAGACGUGCAGGGAGGCGACCUUCUCCUGUCCGCCAUCUCUGGGACAGGCUGCUUGGGCUCUCUUGCCCCCUCUCUCCAAUCCAGACUCCUGGGCCCGAGAGGCUGCUGGGAUGCCAGGAGCCUGGCUCAGCCCCUGGUCUGCAGCCGUGGGAGACUUUGGCCCCUGACCUUUGGAAGAGUUGGCCAGAGGCAGAACAGGAGCCCACCAAGGACUGCAUCGAUUUUGUGUAUUAAAACUGAAAAGCUUUUGUCUUUAAGAAAUAAAAAAAAAAAAUUUUAA